AUGGGUAGGUGUGGAAGGAGCAGCGACGGAGGGAUUGGUGGAGUUAGACCGUACGUACGGUCUCCGGUGCCUCGCCUGCGAUGGACUCCGGAGCUUCACCGGAGCUUCGUUCACGCCGUUGAGAUACUCGGUGGUCAAUACAAAGCGACUCCAAAACUUGUUCUUAAGAUAAUGGAUGUGAAGGGAUUAACCAUUUCUCACGUCAAGAGCCAUCUCCAGAUGUAUAGGGGAUCCAGACUGACUCUUCUUGGGAAACCGGAAGAGAGUUCUUCAUCAUCUUCGAGAAGAAGAAGAAGACAAGACAAUGAAGAAGAUCAUCUUCAUGACAAGUUGUCUGUACACGCAAGGAAUGAUUGUCUUUUGGGUUUUCACUCUUUUAACUUUAGAGAUCAGACUUCAGCAACCGAUAAUGAUGACGAGGACUUUCUUAACAUCAUGAACAUGGAGAGAACGAAGACAUUUGCAGGCUAUGGCGAGUCCAUCAAAUUUCAGUCUCAUCACUUUCUCGAGGCUCGGAACACGACGAACAAUUGGAAAAACACAUGGCGAGAACACGAAGAAGAAGAGUUAUCACUGUCUCUUUCUUUGAAUCAUCAGAACCAUCAACAACGUUGGAGAAGCAAUGCAUCAUCGUCACUUACUGAAAACAGCGAAGCAGUCUCAUCUUCUACGGCUCCAUUCAUCUUCAGAGAUUGUUUUGCUUCUUCUUCCAAGAUUGAUCUUAAUCUUAAUCUCUCCUUUUCUCUACUCCGUAGCUGA